GAUCACGUAUUUUGCAGUUAUUAAUAGACGAAAUUCGUGUCGUGAAGACAGUUGCACCGAUCACAUGCCAUGUUAUGCCGAUAACGUCGUAUAUAAAAUCACAGCUGCCUGGCGAGCGCACGAAUACUGAUCUUCGGCUAACUUCCAUCUUUAUCGAGAAUGCUGGCGCUCCUCUGUCUGGCAGUAUCUGCGGCGGCGGCGAUGUCGCCUAGGCAACAGGUAAGCCUGCCCAACAACCACGACCUGCGCAUCUUCCUGGAUCAGGCGUUCCGCAACAUGGAUCUCGAUCAUGACGGAACCGUGGACCAGGCUGAAUGGGACAACGUCAUUAUGGCCGGCGAUGCGGACAGUGACGGCUGCGUGACGCUGGCGGAAUACCUGUCGCCGCACGCCGGCACGGACAGGGAAAUCUACACCGCGCUGUACCACCACUUCGACUUCGAUCACAACGGCUGCCUAAACGUGAUCGACAUGCAGCACGAGUUCCGCCUCAUGGACCAGCACGCGGACGGUCAGCUGACUAUGCACGAGUGGGACCACUACAUGAUCAAGAUCCUCACACAUCUGUUCCCGCACCACGGCUAGACAGUGACCAGCACUGACACCACAGUCUGUGUCUCAAUGAAAUGUAGACAGCUUAGCACAGUAAAAGCAUAUUGCAACAUGUAA